ACUCCCGACGACAACAAUCACAACAACAACAUCUGCCCAACAGACUCAACGAUUCACGCCAACUUUCAUUGAACCCGCUCACGAAUAGGUACGCUACAAGUUGCUUCCGCUUAAGCUUAACCAGAACCGCGGAGCAACGACGUUGCAUCUCUGCUUGCUCCCAAAGCUUAAGCCUUAAGGCUCACCGACAGCUUCAUUGAUCACUUCGCUAAUUGAAUUAACGAACAGCAGCAAAGAUGGGCAUCUCCAAGAUCCACGCACGCUAUGUCUACGACUCGCGUGGCAACCCGACCGUCGAGGUCGACAUUGUCACCGAGACCGGCCUUCACCGCGCCAUUGUGCCCUCGGGUGCCUCCACGGGCUCCCACGAAGCCUGCGAGCUCCGUGAUGGUGACAAGAGCAAGUGGGGUGGCAAGGGCGUCACCAAGGCCGUGGCCAACGUCAACGACGUGAUCGCCCCGGCUCUCAUCAAGGAGGACCUCGACGUCAAGGACCAGUCCGCCGUGGACAACUUCCUCAACAAGCUCGACGGCACGCAGAACAAGACCAAGCUCGGCGCCAAUGCCAUCCUCGGUGUCUCCAUGGCCGUCGCCAAGGCUGCCGCCGCCGAGAAGCGUGUCCCGCUCUACGCUCACAUCUCCGACCUCGCCGGCACGAAGAAGCCUUACGUGCUGCCCGUCCCCUUCAUGAACGUCCUCAACGGUGGCAGCCACGCUGGUGGCCGUCUUGCCUUCCAGGAGUUCAUGAUCGUGCCGUGUGACGCCCCCUCCUUCACCGAAGCCAUGCGCUGGGGCAGCGAAUGCUACCAAAAGCUCAAAUCGCUCGCCAAGAAAAAGUACGGCCAAUCCGCCGGCAACGUCGGCGACGAGGGCGGCGUAGCCCCGGACAUCCAAACCGCCGACGAGGCCCUCGAGCUCAUCACCGAAGCCAUCAACUCCGCCGGCUACGAAGGCAAGAUGAAGAUCGCCAUGGACGUCGCGUCGUCGGAAUUCUACAAGACGGAGGAGAAGAAGUACGACCUUGACUUCAAGAAUCCAGACUCGGACAAGAGCAAGUGGGUGACCUACGAGCAGUUGGCGCAGCAGUACAAGGACCUUGCCAGCAAGUACCCCAUUGUCAGCAUCGAGGACCCCUUUGCGGAAGAUGAUUGGGAGGCGUGGAGUUAUUUCUUCAAGAACUCGGAUUUCCAGAUCGUCGGUGAUGAUCUUACCGUCACCAACCCAGAGUUCAUCAAGAAGGCCAUCGAGACCAAGGCUUGCAACGCUCUACUGCUCAAGGUCAACCAGAUCGGCACGAUUACGGAAGCCAUCCAGGCGGCGAAGGAUGCCUUUGGUGCCGGCUGGGGCGUGAUGGUCAGCCAUCGUUCCGGCGAGACGGAAGAUGUGACGAUUGCGGAUAUUGCCGUCGGUUUGAGGGCUGGACAGAUCAAGACGGGUGCUCCCGCGCGGUCGGAGAGGUUGGCGAAGCUCAACCAGAUUUUGAGGAUCGAGGAGGAGUUGGGGGAUAAGGCGGUAUUUGCCGGGACGAAGUUCCGGACGAGCGUGAAUAUGUAGAGGGUGGGUGUGUAGGUAAGGAGAAGGGCAGGGUUCGAGCGGAAUGGUUGAUGAAGGUUAGUGGCUUGCAUUGAGACGAAGAGGCGGGGCAAAAAGCGCGAUCGACGUUUUAUGGGUCCUAUCAGCUGCGGUGUGGAUGCUGAGAUAGAUGGCUCGAGUGCGUAGUCCGUAGUCCAUAACACUUGACUGCCGUUCGAAGUUGCAACGUUCUGCGGGAUAUGCUGGCUCAACUCUCACCACUUUCUCGAAGAGCCAUGCGGCGCUCCCAGCAGCACGUCCACUUAAGCAAACAUAUCCCGCAUUCUGAGAAUGAUGGCUGUUUGCUGCCUCUGCGAC